AUCUAACAAUUAAAAAUAAUAAUAAUAAUAAUAAUAAUAUCGAUUACCAUGAAAUCCCUUGAACUUUUGUUCUUCUUGCCAUGUCUAUGUCGCGUCUUCUUCUUCAUCUUCUUCAUCUUCAAAGAUCUCAUGUCUACUGUUGCAGUUGCAGAUCAGUUAGAAACUUACAUUGUCCAUAUGGACAUAUCUUCCAUGCCCAAGCCCUUCUCUUCUCAUCACAACUGGUAUUUGUCGAUGCUCGCGUCGAUAUCCGACGACGAGACGGCCGCGGCAUCGAAGCACAUCUACACCUACACGAACGCCGUCACCGGGUUCAGCGCUGUGCUCUCGCCGUCGGAACUCGACGGCGUGACGCGCUUCCCCGGGUACGUCUCUUCGGUGAAAGAUCGACCGGUCGAGAUCGAUACGACCCACUCGUACGAAUUCCUCGGCCUUGAUGAUAAAGGGGGUCAGAUAGAGUGUCUGGAUUUUGGAUAUGGCUGGGAUGUGAUCGUCGGGGUAGUGGACACUGGAAUUUGGCCGGAAAAUGAGAGCUUUAAAGAUGACGGGAUGCGCGAGGUCCCUUCGCGGUGGAAAGGCGCGUGCGAGUCGGGUGCGAACUUUAGCCAGAGCUCGUGCAACAAGAAGCUCGUCGGCGCGCGGUAUUUUAAUAAAGGGCUACUCGCAAAGUAUCCGAACUUGACUAUCUCGAUGAACUCGAGUCGCGAUACGGAAGGGCACGGGACGCACACUUCGUCGACCGCCGCCGGGAGUUGCGUGGACGGCGCCUCGUUCUUCGGAUACGCCUCCGGGACGGCAAGGGGCGUCGCGCCGAAGGCGCGCAUCGCCAUGUACAAGGCUUUGUGGGACGAAGGGUCGUCUUCUUCGGAUAUCGUCGCGGCAAUAGAUUCCGCGAUAUCGGAUGGGGUCGACGUCUUGUCCUUAUCGUUCGGAAUCAACAGGGUGCCAUUGUACGACGACCCCGUGGCUAUAUCGACAUUUUCCGCGAUGGAGAAGGGCAUUUUUGUCGCAACGUCGGCCGGGAACGACGGGCCAGAGGACGGGACGUUGCACAAUGGGAUACCUUGGGUUCUCAACGUCGCCGCGGGCACGAUGGAUCGGGAAUUUCGCGGGAUCUUGACACUAGGAAAUGACGUUUCGGUCGUCGGGUUAUCGGUAUAUAUAGGGAAUUACUCGUCUGUUCAACUCCCGAUCGUUUACGUUCCCGAUUGCCGUGAUAAGAGCUCGUUAAAGGCCGGGAAGCACAAAAUCGCCGUGUGUUUGGAUACCGACGGCAUAUGGACGGAGCAAGCUUAUUACGCCAAGAACGCCAAGCUCGGCGGCGCCGUGUUCAUAACAAACGCGACUGAUAUAUCCUCCCCCGUCGACGCAUCGCUUCCGUACGUCAUUCUCGACUUCGACGAAGGCGGAAAAGUUUUCGAUUACUUACAAAAUUACCCGAAGAAGCCUACCGCAAGAUUUAAGUUCCGGAAAACGGCGCUCGGGGUUAAGCCGGCUCCGAAACUAGCGAGCUAUAGCUCGAGAGGUCCGUCGAAAAGUUGCCCCGUCGUGCUCAAGCCCGAUGUAUUGGCUCCCGGCGACCUGAUUCUAGCCUCGUGGCCACCCAACAUACCCGUCGCUGUCGUCGACGCGCCGGCGGGAAAUCUCUCAAAUACCUUCAACGUAGCGUCGGGAACGUCGAUGGCAUGCCCACAUGCGGCGGGCAUCGCCGCCCUUUUAAAAGAGGCCCACCCGGGUUGGAGCCCGGCCGCCGUCCGAUCCGCCAUGAUGACGACGGCGUAUACGACGGACAACGCCGGCGCUCCGAUAAAAGACGUCGGCUCGAAGAAUGCGGCGGAGGCGGCGGGACCGUUCGGGAUCGGCGCCGGCCACGUCGAUCCGAUCAAGGCGUUGCGGCCGGGGCUCGUUUACGACGCGACGUCGCGAGAUUACGUCAAUCUUUUAUGCGGAUUAAAAUUCAGCGUGAAUCAGAUCAAAACGAUCGUUCGGACAGUGCCGAUCGACUGCUCGGCGCCGUCGCUCGACCUCAAUUAUCCAUCGUUCGUCGCUUACUUUAACUCGAAUUCGAGUGUAAGAGAAUUUGCGAGAACUUUGACUAAUGUUGGGGACGCCAACUCGGUAUACGCGGCGAAACUGAGUAAAAUGAGAGGUUUAAAAGUCAGCGUUUUGCCCGAAAGAUUAGUGUUCGAAGAAAAACAUGAGAAGAAAAGUUACAGGCUGAGAAUCCAACUGAAGAAGCCGAUGAAGAAGGAUUAUUCUGUGGUGUACGGGUCGUUGACUUGGGUUGACUUAGCCGCCAAAUUUAGUGUAAGAAGUCCCAUUGUGGCCACCAAUUUAGUACCAUGAUCGUCAUCAUGAUCGUAUGUAUAUGUCAUUUACAGUAAUUUAUUUCGACACGACCUAACCUAAGACAUAUAAAACAACGAAUCAUGUGUUUAUUUUUAUUUUAUUUUAUUUUAAUAACUGUUAUUUUUCAAGUA